CGAUUUUUAUGUUCGACUGUUGUCAUCACCUUGAUCGCUCACACGAUUCAAUGACAAGAUCUGAUUGAAGAGGAUGCAUGCGUUUUUCCCAAGCUAGCCAUCGUAGUGUCUGUCUUCCCGUUGGUCUUCAUGUAGCUAGAUUCGCAGUCUCCCAGUACAAGUGUACAUCCUGUUUUUGCACAACUCAGAGCUCGUCACAUCUGAGAAAUCUGCUACAUCAUGCAUUCUAUGACAUUUUGCUUUCACAUCGCGCGAUCUUUGCUAAGAACUUGAUUUCAGAUACUCGCUGGUUCGCUCGUCAGACGCAAGGUCGCUGCCCGCUGCUGCGCUCCAGUCGACGACGACGUUGUUGCGUUCAAAGAGAGGCAGAGCAGAAGAAGAGAGGCCGUGCAAGAGCUCCGACAUCUUUGAUUUUCUUCUUCCCAGCCAGCGUCGGAAGGCACACGAGGUACUUUGCACAGUUUCUCUUCAUUUGCAAGCAACUUCAAAAAAUGUAACUUCUUUAGAGGUUUAACGUUGAGCUCAGCAAGUUCCUGGUUCAUGCUGGUUCUAUCAACUUGUAUACGUCACGAUAAACAAGCAAGAGUGAUCGUAGCACGGACGAAAUUCGAUUUCAGUUUCAUGUUUGAGGCCUAAAGAACACCAGAAUCUGGAACUAGAGCUGUGCACUAACCUCGAGUAAUGGUACACAGUAUCCUCUGUACCCAGUUCUUCGAUAUCAUAGUUAGUCAAUUCCCAAAAAGCUUAUCAGUUUUGUAUGAACCUACUGUUCUGAGUCAAAAGUAAGAAAAAACGUAACAUCCUUAUUACAGCUGACUACGCAUGUGCUACUCUUCUGGCAGAAUACGUCCACUUGCUCGAAUAGAUCAAACAUCCCAGAUAAAUGGAAUAUUAAAGAAGAAAUUUGUAAUUUAAUUUGUCAAUGUGACGUCAUCGAGUACAUCAUCACACUGAGGCAUUCACCCACGUUUACUCUCCGCUUGCACAACAAAGUCAAGAUCUACUCUGAGAUUCUAACACCAUGUUCCAAUCACAGAGUUUUGGAACACGAUAUUUGUGUUCGACUGUUGUCAUCACCUUGAUCGCUCACACGAUUCAAUGACAAGAUCUGAAUUGAAGAGGAUGCGUGCUUUUUUCCCAAGCUAGCCAUCGUAGUGUCUGUCUUCCCGUUGGUCUUCAUGCAGCUAGAUUCGCAGUCUCCCAGUACAAGUGUACAUCCUGUUUUUGCACAACUCAGAGUUCGUCACAUCUGAGAAAUCUGCUAUAUCAUGCAUUCUAUGACAUUUUGCUUUCACAUCGCGCGAUCUUUGCUAAGAACUUGAUUUCAGAUACUCGCUGGUUCGCUCGUCAGACGCAAGGUCGCUGCCCGCUGCUGCGCUCCAGUCGACGACGACGUUGCUGCGUUCAAAGAGAGGCAGAGCAGAAGAAGAGAGGCCGUGCAAGAGCUCCGACAUCUUUGAUUUUCUUCUUCCCAGCCAGCGUCAGAAGGCACACGAGUGCAAGAAGUCUCAUGCCCAGCAGACACUACGACGGGAAGAUAAGUUUUCUUCGGGAGAGCCGGCUUUCGGAUCGAGGAGAGUGCUUCCUGUAGGCCCGGUUACAUUUCGCUCGCGCAUGCCAAGCAGCAAACGUUUCUUAAUCUCUGAGAGUGGAGGAGAGAAAGGAAGGUGCAGGUGCGUCCAUCUUCAGUCACGCUGCUGAACUGGCGACACGGGAAAUGGACUCCGCACACGAGGAACCGGAGCUUCCCUCCGCCAUCCACGACCUUGUACAGCGUCUGGAAGGACAAGGCGAGCCUAUAACGGAGCUUCCCGAUUUAAUCUAUGACCCAGAAGUUUGUGAGUUCUUUCCCUAUGGUGAAUCAGGCUCGACAAUCAUAGAGUGGCGAAGCCAAGUGCGUCGUCGAGUGCUGGAGGCAAUCGGCAGCUGCAACACCUUUGAGAUUCUGGACGUGGGCAAUAUUUGUGGGGACCGUGUAUCGACGUUGACGGCAAGCGAGUGGGAGGUAGUUCUCAGAGGUUUCAGGUGUAGCACCGUUCUAAAAAAGAUAACCGUUUAUGCGUUAUUCUGUUCAGAUUCUCUUGAUGCGGAUAAAGAGAGCUUGUGUUUACAGCUGGGGAGAAUUCUGAAUUCCUCUAGCGUAACAGAGUUACAAGUGCGUGACGAAUUGAGUGCCAGAUGUCUCUCGAAUCUCGCCUCAGGUCUGCGAGGACGUUCCGAUUCUAAACUCAAGUCUUUAGAUUUAGAUUGGGCGUGGAUGGACCACAACCACAUACUUCACCCGAGUGGGGUGAAGUAUGUGGCUGACAUGAUCAAUAGUGCUCCUCUAUUAGAAACGUUGCGUUUCGGCGGCCAUUGGGAGGACAUGGAGGACGAGACCGUUGGAAUCCUGUCCCAGGCUUUGAUCCAGAGCUUGGCUUUGAAAGAAUUUACCUUAGACUUCGCGGGGAAGUGGGCAUGGCGCUUGUUGCUGAAAGCAUUGGCCGGAGACGAUCGCAACCGAUCCAUUGAACGUCUUCGGCUCAGGGAUAUGGUUGGACUCGGAGACUGUUUAAGGGAACUUCUUAUUUCCAACCCAUCAUUGAAGGAAGUGGAGCUCCACCGACUUGUCAUGGAGCCUGAGCAAGCGCACCAGCUCGGCGAAGCCAUACGUGACAAUGCGAUAUCGACAACUAUCCUUCUUCGUGCGCCAGUUAGGUUGGAUGACUUCAAGUCAAUAGAAGCUCUUGCUCUUUCUGCUAGCUCCGAUGUCAAUGACCCCACAGUGGAGCUUGAACUCGUUACUGGGAGUGAAGAUGAAGUGAUGUUAUCAUUAAACCUAUUAGGUAGGGUACUGCGAGGGGAAAUCACAUCUCUGAAAUAUCUGAGUAUACUCAGACACUCUCGAGACGAAGAUGAUAGAAAGAUUAUCACGUUCAGUAUACCCCCUAUGAAUGGAAAAAGUGGAGAAACUUCAGUCCUGAAGAGACUGGAAUUAUCUGUCCGAAGCGAAGAUAUUUCGAAGGGAGUAUGGGAGGACCUGCUUCGGUGCAUGCGAGGGAACCACCUCACUCACUUGGAUUUGUCAGACUCCGAAGUCGACGAGAAGGCGUUCAGGGACGUGAUGGGGGUACUGCAAGUUAACUUGGCUCUCCAAGAAAUCCACAUCUCACGAACAUCAUGGGCAACGGACGGAAAGGCGGCGCAGAUUCAAGAGGCCCUGAAGCAGAAUCAAAAGCGGGCCGUCUACAUGUCAGUGUUCCGAGAAGCCAAGUUAACAUUUGGAGAUGCAAAAGCCGGUCGACUCUUCUUAUGCGGCUCUCCUAGAGCAGGAAAAACUCAAUUGCGUAAAACCCUGAUGAGGAUCAAUCAUAGUUGGCUACACAGAAGCAGUCUAUACAAUAAAUGGGACGUAUUGUGGAGGACCAAAGGCAUCGAAGUGGAGUAUUUGCAAAAUAAUGACAAAAUGCAAAUCUCAAUUUGGGAUCUGGCGGGACAAUGGAUUUUUCGUACCCUUCAGAAUGUGCUCUUUCCUCAAACCAACAAUUUUUGUGUUUUUCUUUUUGUGUAUAGCCCUUUCUGUGAGGAAACAUCUAAAAACAAACCAGACUCUUCUUUCAAAACUGAGCUAGAGGAUUGGUUAAGCUUCAUCACAUCCAGCGUUAAGAUCACGGGCUGUGAUCUUCCCCAAGUUUUUGUUGUCAUUUCACACAAAGAUAAAGCCACAUACAGCUCUGUGAGUUGGACUCAGUCCAUAAUUGAAGAACUCACCCAAAGAUUUGCAAAUUUUGUGAAUCUUCUUCCUGUUCAAGAGUGUUUUCACGUGGAUUCUAGGAAGAAAAAACAAAUUAUUCCUCUCAACAGUCACAUUUUUGAGAAUUUUAACAAGUUGUUGAGUGAAAAAUCUCCACAGGUUCCUCUAUUGUGUUCUCAACUCACCUCCCUCUUAGUUACAAAAACCAAGAAGAAUAGAAGUUUCCCUCUGUGGUCAUCCAAACAAUUUCAUGAUUUCUGUGCUCCCAGUAUCACACAAUUUGUUCCAUCAUCUCCUGCUCACUCUGUUGAUCAUUCAAGUAUAAUGAAGUCCAUCAUAUCCUACUUAAAUGAUGUUGGAUCUAUAGUAUACAUUCCUAACGUUAAGUAUAUCAUUGUAGAUCCCAACUGGCUUACCAAUACCUUCCUGGGUGAGCUGAUAGCUUUGGGUCAAAAUUUUCAAGCUCAAGAGUCAGAGCCUUCUAAUAGAACAAGUUCAUAUGCAAGCAAGGACGGAUUUGUGAGUGAGAGUGUUUUUGCUCAGUUGAUAGAAGAAUUUCUGAGAAACCAACCCCAUGGACAGAGAGGUGUGGGAAGAGUGGAGCUUGAAAACAUCCUUGUCAAUUUAGAUUUGUUUUCAAGCUCGAAGAUAGUUCUCAGUAUUUCAUUCCUUCCUUCAUCCCUGAGCAUGCAAGCAAGGAAGAACAGGAUCAUCAAGAAGCGGGGCACGUGAAGUCGAUGUAUUGGGAAAAUAGAAGUGAGACUUCACAAUUUGUCGGCAUUCGGAUUGAAUGCCAAGACGGAAGAACAAUGUCAUUGACGGCUGCGUUUUUUCCACGCUUCCAGAUGUUCAUGAGACGCAAGUUGAAAUCCGAGAUGCAUGUUUCCGAGGAGAAUAUUACCUGCUCUCGACAUUAUCUGCGACUUUUCCUUGACGGGCAUGAGAUAUAUAUCGAGCACGUUCAGAGUGAAAAGUCCCACAAAUACGUAGAUAUUCUGAUGUUAUGCUCGAGGCAUAAGUCAAGGGAGGUGGCUACUAAAUAUGUGAUGAGGCAUAUUGUCCAGGAGUUGAUAUCAUUUUGCGCAUCACCAAAAGGCUGUCCCGGGGUGGCAUUAGUGCUAGGUGUGAUCCAAACAUUUUGUGUGGAGAUGCUGAUUCCAAGUCAUCUUAGAGGAGCCAUUUUGAUCGAGAAGCUGAAAUCAGAAUUCAUUUGUAGCAUCAAUAACAAACUUGAGGAAAUGCCGUUGGAAAGGUUGCACUUGAUGAAGAAGGAAGAGUUGUUCGACUAUGAGCACUGUUGGCCCCGGAUAGAAGGGCACAUUGGCGGAAGAUCCGAACUGGUUAGAGAUUUGUUGUGGGAGAGCGAUGUGGAAGCAGUUGUGAACGAGAUUCGACAGAAACGAAUUGAAGAAUUGAAGUCAUUGCAGGAAUGUCUAAUUAGCGUGGACAAUGAUUUGGCUCAGUGUUAUCCUGAAGCUGAAAACAUGGUUAGCGACUUGAAUUUUCCCCCAAUGAAGGACCCCAAACCACUCACAUCCAGGUGCUUGAGUCGUGCGAGCACAAGUGUGGAGAAUCCAAGUGUGGAGACCCAACUUGUUUUGUUCAAGAUUGACCAGGUACUACAAAAGGUUGAUGGUUUGGACGAGAGGUUGAGAUCAGUGCAGAGCAUUCUGCAGAGAAUGGAGAUGAAAAUGGGACAAAUACUCUCUUUGCAUCAAGAACUGCAGUCAACGCUGAGUGCAUUUGUGUCUAAAGUGGACAGGAUAAUUCAGUAUUCUGAUUCGCUUCAGCAGGCCAAAAUGCCCAAGCGACCUUACGUUACAAACGAUGUUGGUCUCUUCUAUAGAAUGAGUGCGCUUCUGCAUAAUGGGACAACCGUCCGCUUACAAUUGAUGUGUGAGUCAGUGACUGGGUUUCACACUGUCAAAGAUCAAGAAGGUUUGAAGAUACGCUUGGAUCAGGGGAAUAGCUCGUGGAUUCGGAAAACUAUCGAAAUCUCAUACAAAGUCAUGUAUUAUGCUCUCAAGGCUGGACUGGAUAAGACAGUUAGUUUGGGCCAAGCGAUUCCGGACUGGGGAGAUUUAAAAUCUGAUAUUGUUCAACUAGAAGAUAUUAGUGAUGAUGAUCAUAGGGCAUUUCUCAAAGGUGGGGAAAGCAAGGAGCUGCAAGAAGCAUGGUUGAGGAUUCAGCAAACUCUUGCGCCUCAGCUUCAAAAUCGUUAUUCCGAAAUCUUCAAGUUGUAUCAGGUGAAAUACGUCAGUUUAGAUAAAGGUGGGCAUGCAUGGGUGUGCGAGAAGUGCAUGAAUAAAGGCCUUCGUUGUGGAAUUUUGACAUGUUAGGAUUUUGAAGAGGUUAGAAUGUCACUUUGCAAUUG